UUUAUUAAAAGAAAAAUGGCUACCAAGAGCCUCAUUUGUUUAGAAGAAUACGAAGAAGAGGCUCGCUCAAUAUUAGAUAGGAACGCUUGGGGAUACUAUUCAUCUGGAGCAACUACAGAAUAUACUCUGAGGGACAAUGUGCAAGCUUAUAACCGGUAUAGUAUAUUUCCCAGAGUAUUGGUUGAUGUAUCUCUGAUUGACAUGAGUGUUAGAUUAUUAGGUGAUACUAUUGAUAUGCCAAUAGGUAUAUCACCUACUGCUAUGCAAUGCCUUGCUCAUCCUGAUGGAGAGAAAGCUACUGCUAGAGCUGCUGCAAGAAUGGGUACUUGUUUGACCCUUAGCUCUUGGUCUACUACAAAUAUUGAAGAGGUAGCAAAGCACAAUGGCAGCCACUCCUUUCGCUGGUUUCAGUUAUAUGUUUAUAAAGACAAUAACUUGACAAUCGAUCUUGUUCGUAGAGCCGAGAGGGAAGGUUUCAAAGCUUUAGUGGUCACUGUUGAUACUCCUGAGCUUGGGCUGAGAUAUGGGGACAAGAGAAAUAAGUUUUCUCUUCCUCGACAUCUCAAGUUGGCCAAUUUUAGUGAAAGAGAUAGUAGUUCAUUGGCAUCAAGUGGUGGAUCGGCUUUACAAGAGUAUGUUAAGAAAUUAAUAGAUCCAUCACUUGUUUGGGAUGGCAUUGAUUGGCUGAGGAGUAUAACUAGAUUGCCGAUUGUAUUGAAAGGAGUGUUAAGAGCAGAUGAUGCUAGGGAAGCAAUGAAACAUGAUAUACAGGGAAUAUUAGUCUCAAAUCAUGGAGCAAGACAAUUAGAUACUGUACCAGCAACUGUAGAUUGAUGCACUAUCUGGUAUAGUAGAGGCAGUGAAAGGGUCUAAUAUUGAGGUGUAUCUGGAUGGUGGUAUAAGACAUGGAACAGAUGU